AUGACGGCCGAAGGGUCGACAAACAUGUUCCAGCGGCAGCGCCAGAGGAGAUUCCAUCGGAGGUCACGUAAUGGAUGUGCAACAUGUAAAGCUAAACAUAUACGAUGUGACGAGAGAAAACCGCUUUGCACAUUUUGUCUUCGACAUGGUGGAUCUUGUCAAUACCUAACCGAAAGCAACUCAAGCUCCACGAAUGCACCAACCACACAAAAGCCUGUAUCCACAAACGAAGAGCCUCUUGACCCAACCAUAGCAGGGAGCUUGGCUCCCAUUCAUAUCCAUGAUAUCUCGAUGGACCCUUUUGUUGGCACUCAGUAUGAAAUGCCCUAUAAGUCACGGCCUCUCUUCUAUCUGUUUGCUAGCACCCGCGUGUUAUAUAGAUCUCGUGUCGAAAGGAAUCAAGACUCGUUUCUUGUACAUCGAGCUUUAUCACACCCAGGCUUUCUUCACGCUGCUUUGCUCCUGACGACCUUACACUGGGCCUGGCAUACAGGGGAUGUAGAGCAGUUUCGUGUCCCAUAUCUUUACCACAAGGUGCAAGCUAUUCGAUUCGUCAAUGAGCAGCUGCAAAACCCGGAAACCGCUGCUAGCGAUGGUACCAUAGCCGUGGUGGCGAGUCUCGCAGUUAUGGAGAAUUCGCUCGGAUCAACCGAAGCGGUAUCCUCACAUUUGCAAGGCCUUGCAAGGAUCAAGGAACUACAAGGCGAGGAAAGACGGCCCAAAAACAUGGGUCUCCUGCAGCGCAUGAUAGCCAUGGCAGCUCGGAGCGUGUCAAGCCGGCCGGUCUGGGACAUGCUGAACAUCAGCCGCACGGAUGAUGUGCACCAAUCAGUCAUCAUUUCACUUCUUCGCAUAGCAUUGCGGCCCAUCUACAGCAUACCUACUCUUAGCGGCGUCGAGGACCCCGAAGAACCGUUAGCAGAGGUUCUCGCAAAGAAGACGCCACAUCCCCGCACAAGCGAUAUCCAUACGAUACCAACACAUAGGACGGUUGAUACUAGUAGAUCGGAGUUUCUCACUUGCUACUUUUACCUCUACAUGAUACUCCGUGAAAAUAACGUGGACUCGUUCCUCGUAGAAUGGUUCAUAGAACAGCUGCUGGCUGAUGUGUGUCGUACCGAGGCCCUUAUGCAGAAAGGUCAAUAUAGCCAGUCGCUCUGGUUCUGGACAGUCAUGUUCGGGGCUUGUGCAGCCCACACGACCAAGAACUACUCGGACUCAGAACAGUCUCACAUGAAGAUGCUGAAGAAUAUCUAUCUCGACAAGAUUAGCUUAGUCAGCCAGCUCUUGAGGAUAAGGAAUUGGGAAGGGGCAAAAUCGAUACUACGACUUUUUGCUUGGGAGGAUAGCUUUAACGGGGAGUCAGAAGUACAAAUGAUUUGGGAGGAAGCAGUGUGGGGAGACAAUGGGAAACGACCUAGAACGAAACAUAUGGAUUAUACAGUAGCCUUGCGUCCGGGCGAGACGGGCAUAGCAACGUGAACAAGGGGGGUAAUAAGAAGAGAGAACUGCGAAAUAAGACAACGUGUGAUACGAGGCCGGCCCGCAAUGGCCACGAAAAACACCGAAGAGCCUGAACGUCCAGCCCAGACCUGGUGGGCUCCA